GAGUACCCCAAGUACGAGCGCACGGCAUCGGGGUUGCUCUUCCAGGAUCUGCGCUACGGCGAGGGCGACGCCGUCGCGCCGGGGCGUCGCGUCGUCGUGGACUGGGACGGCUACACGUUCUACCUCUCGCACGUCCUGCAGGCUCGGAACUUGCCCAAGGGGGGCGACUUCGAGCAGAACGACGACGCGUUCUUGUCGUUUAUCCCGGGAGACGGCACGGUCAUUCCCGCGUUCGACGAGUGCGUCAAAGACAUGCGCGUCGGCGGCAUCCGACGGUUCAUCGUCCGCCCCGGUCCGCUGUCGUACCCCGGGGUGCUCAAAGGGAACUGGAAGGAGGGUAAGGACGGCGUGGGCCCGGUCCCGGCGUCGUUGUCGGGGAAGCGCGCGCUGGAGUUUGUGAACAGGAACACGGCCAACGUUGACAAGAGUCUGCUCUUCGACGUGGAGAUUCUCGGCGUG